AUGUCAAUCUUCGGCGAGCCCCUGCCCUUCGAGGAUGACACAGCGACCUCGCUGAUCCGUCGCUCCGGCUUCCCGCCGGAAAAGGCGUAUGCCCAGAUGCCGGAGGUCUACCUCUGCCCGUGCUGCAGUGAGUUCAGCAAGCAGCAGGAGCACGAACGUCUUCUGCGCGAGGCCCGCGAGGUCAAGGAGGCUGAGUAUCGUCGCCUCAUGCAGCUUGACGUCUUCGAGGAGCGUGCGCGGCCGCCGCCCUCAAGCGAUAUUCAUCGCAAGGCCUACCGGCGUAUCGUGGGGUACGUGGAUCUGGAUGAGGAGGGUCCGAACGUGCCGCCACCGCCAACUAUCGAUGAGUUGCGCCGCGCCAGGAAUGAGCAGAACGUGCCGAAGCUGGUCGUAACGGUUCACUUCGGCCGCAGCAUCAGUGCCGAGCCCGAGGACAGGAUUUCUGUCAUUGUGCGCUGUGGCGCCUUCGAGGGUCAGACUGAAAAGGUGCUGCGCGGUAAGGAGGUGGCGACGCCAUGGGAAGAGCUCUUCGAAUUUCCGUACAUGAACUCCAAUGAACCGCUGGAGGUGCUCGUCGUGAACGACGCGCUGCCUGGGUCGAACGACCAGCUCAUAGGUGGCUUGAUGAUCCCAAGCAACAUCCUGCACGACCGCAGCCAUGGUGACCAGGAACCGCUCCCGGUGAUGCCGGAGGACAGAAUGCAGAACGGCUACGGCACCUGCCAAGAUGGUCCUCUCGGCACCAUUGUGGCUUCUUGGUACGUGCGCUACGGAGACGACAAGCUAGACGAGGGAGUGGAGCGUCAGAAGCUCAGCGUGCCUGUCACCUGCACCUUUGUGGUCCACCAUGUAUUCCAGUACACUGAUCACGGCGCGGAGUCGUACCCCGGCGGUGUUUUGUGUGUACUGCGCGACACAGAUGACAACUGCUCAGAGUCAGUUCUCUACACACCGGGGCCAAACCCGGAGCCGUCGCUGUCGUCCUACUACACGAAGGAGGGCUACCACUACUUCCCCCAGAAUGCGUCGCAGCUUAUGCAGCUAAACACCGAGAAAAAGCUGGGCCACAUUCUUGUGUGUGUACCCAGACAGGAGGAGAGCACCACUGAGGAGGAGGAGUUGCUCGUCAUUGGCGCGGUGCCGCUGGAGUUCGAGCGUCUGUACAGCAAAGGAAGCGCGGUGCUCCUGAUCGAGUCAAAGUCGAAGGAUGAUGUCCUCUGGGGUGAGAUCUCAGUCGAGUGGGCUAACAAACCGCUGGAUGAGGAGGACCCGCGCCCGCUUCCGCUGGAGGUGCAGAAGGAGUCCCUGUUCGUUACCAUCGUCCGCGGCCUCAACCUUAUGCGGCGCGACAGAUCACCAGUGGAAAUGGCAUACGUGUCCGUUGCCACUAGUGAGCUGGAGGGGAUAACUGUAGAAGCUCCGGCUGUCAAAGACGCAGACGGAAACUACACUACCAACUGGAACCAGGAGGUGCGCUUCGUCGAGGUGGAGGCGACUCAGAAGGAGCUCGAGCUACAGGUGUACGAAAAGGGAUGCCUCGUGUCUGUCGGCACAUGCGAGUUAGAGGAUACGGACGAAGGGGUGGUUGUCGUUCAGUUGUUCAAUGCCGCGAACCCCAGCGACGGCGCUGGUGAAAUCGUGGUGAGCUACAAACGUCUGCACGUCCCGAAGUUGGUGGAAGAGGCCGUCCCCCAGGAGCGCCACCUGGUCGAGAGCGAAGUCGACGAAGAGGACGAAGAAAUCGAAGAGCAGGAGGCUCCAUUCGCCGGCCAUGCGGACGAUUACGAGGACCAGGAGGAGGAAGAGGAAGAGGAAGACGAAUAUCAGGGAAUGCAUGCUGCCCCGAUGAAUGAAUGCGCCAUGAGCAUCAAUGAGGAGAUUUCAGGGGAAGAGGAAGCUGACAACACUUCACCGGGGAGGGGAUUUCAGUGGCAGAAUGGCAGACGGGGGUACCUCGAAGGAGCGGAGCGGCAGGAGUCUCUCGAAGAUACGGAGCAGCAGGAGUACCUCGAAGGAGCGGAGCAGCAGGAGUACCUCGAAGGAGCGGAGCGGCAGGAGUGUCUCGAAGAUACGGAGCAGCAGGAGUACCUCGAAGGAGCGGAGCGGCAGGAGUGUCUCGAAGAUACGGAGCAGCAGGAGUACCUCGAAGGAGCGGAGCGGCAGGAGUGUCUCGAAGAUACGGAGCAGCAGGAGUACCUCGAAGGAGCGGAGCGGCAGGAGUACCUCGAAGAUACGGAGCAGCAGGGGUACCUCGAAGGAGCGGAGCGGCAGGAGUGUCUCGAAGAUACGGAGCAGCAGGGGUACCUCGAAGGAGCGGAGCGGCAGGAGUACCUCGAAGAUACGGAGCAGCAGGCGUACCUCGAAGAAGCGGAGCGGCAGGAGUACCUCGAAGAAGAGGAGCAGCAGGAGGCUGCCGAAGCCGGGCUUGAGGGGUACCUCGAAGAAGAGGAGCCCGCCGGCGAGUGUGCGGUGAAGGAGCCGGCACCCUACCCUGUUCGCGCUGCCAGGCGCCCGCGUCGCCGUACCUCGUGGGCGGUGCGGCCACCGAAGGAUGACUACGUGCAGCCGUGGUACCCGUCCGGCGCCCCAGACACCGAUCAGCACAUCCCCUUCGCCAAGACGAGGCUGUCAAAGAAGAAUAUCGAGAGCAUUCGGCAACUCGAGGUGUGCAAGUCGCGCAUUGAGGAAGAGUCCGUGCGCCGCAGCUCUACCCCUCGCCGCUCAAGCCUGCGCGGCUUGUCUCCAAGCUCCCAGUAA